CUGUAUUUUCAAUCUUUUCAAUGUCAUUAUUAAACAGGUUAUGUUUAUAAAAUAAAAAAAUAAAUUGCAGCCGCAUAUAUCACAAAUUACAAUAGAUUUAAAAGUUAUAUGUAUUGUAAAUUUGAUCAAAUUUAACUUAUUAACAUGCAGAAAAUACCCAAGAGAAGUGCUUUAUUGGACACCUUGCAUAAAGGAUUUGUGUUGUCAUGCAUUGGAGUUACUAUUUAUGCUGGUUCUUUAUUCGCCGUUAGAUAUUAUAAUCGUUUUAUUAAACUAAAACCAGAAAAAGGACAAGAAUUGUUGGAUAGAGAAAAUUUACUAUCAGAAGGUGCCUCGCCAGACAAAGCUCCUAUAUUGACUGUUUAAUAUAGUUAUUGUAGUGGUAUAUAUUUGUAAAUAAAGUACAUAUUGUUGGUUA